CCGGAGGAACCAAAAAAAGGUAACACUGUAAACGUCACGGAUAAAUCCAAACAAGUCAGACGAUGGGUGAAGUGUCAGCAGACUCCGUCACCCUGGACCUGCUGAGAGAAGCCUGGGAGACGGUGAGAAGCAGCCCCCUGGGUGUCAUCAACACACCCAUGAUCCCCUGGUGCCAGACCACCCUGCCUCUUCACCUCCGCUGCAACAUCCACAUCAAACUGGAGAACAUGCAGAGAACUGGGUCAUUUAAGAUCAGAGGAGUGGCCAACCAGUUUUCCAGGAGACCUAAGGGGGGUCAUUUUGUCACCAUGUCGGCCGGGAACUAUGGGAAAUCUUUUGCGUACGCCUCUAAACACUACGGAUCAAAGGGCAAGGUGGUGAUGCCCGAAACGGCCCCUGUAUCCAGAUCCAUCCUGAUACAGAGUUUUGGGGUGGAGGUAGAACAGGUUCCCACAUCCUGUCUGAUGAGCGUGGUGAACCGCUGCGUUCGGGAAGAAGCCAUGACCUUCCUGCACUCUUACGAUGACCUGGAUCUGAUAGCAGGACACGCAAGUCUGGGUUUAGAGGUGCUGGAGGUGAUUCCCAAGCCAGAUGUGGUGGUGGUGUGCUGUGGUGGUGGGGGUCUGCUGGCCGGUGUAGCCGCUGCAAUCAAAUUGUCAGGCUGUGGUGAGACCAGAAUCUAUGGUGUGGAACCAGAUGGAGCCUGCACCAUGUACAGGAGUUUCAUUGAGAAGAAGCCAGUUGGCAUGGAGACCAAGAGCAUCGCCACAGGACUCGCACCACCUUUUGCAGGAACACUGCCCUUCGAGUUGUGUCAGCGUUACGUGGAGGGGAUUGUCCUCAUAAAUGAUGAAGAGAUCAAGGCGGCUGUGUCCACCUUGUACAGGUCCGGCCUUGUGGUGGAGCCGUCGGGCUGCGCUGCGUUUGCUGCCAUCGUAAACGACAAGAUACCCGAGCUGGAGGGGAAGACCGUGGUGUGCAUCCUUAGCGGAGGGAACAUCGGAAAGGACGAACUUGUUAACUUCCCAGGAUGACCAAUGUACAGUAACGUAAUGUGACUUUUGUUAACACAUUGUGGGAAA